AUGCCCGACGAUGAACGUGAUGGCAUUCCUCACCAUCUUCUUGGAUGUAUAGGCUUGAACGAAGAGACCUGGACUGUGGGCAACUUCGUCUCGAAUGCGCUUGCCAGAAUCAGCGAGAUCCGAGCACGAGGCCGGUUGCCCAUUCUGGUCGGCGGCACACAUUAUUACACACAAUCCUUAUUGUUCCACGAUGCGCUCACAAACAAACCUCAAGACGAAGAACCAGUCCAAAAUGCAGAGAGGCCAGCCAUCCUUGAAGAACCCACUGAAUUACUCCUUGCAAAGCUCAGAGAAGUUGACCCAGUGAUGGCUGACAGAUGGCAUCCUAAUGACCGCCGCAAGAUACAAAGGAGCCUUGAGAUCUGGCUCCAGACUGGUCGCAAAGCCUCAGACAUCUACGAAGAACAAAGAACACGCCGCGAAACUGCUGGCCAGGAGGUACCUUCGGAUGAUGCCCAAGAUGCGUCUCUUCUCCGCAUGAGGACUCUUGUGUUAUGGGUCGGCGCCCAAUCAGAUAUCCUUUCUAAACGUCUUGAUGCUCGUGUUGACAAGAUGGUGACACAAGGUCUCCUGGACGAGGUUUCUACCCUGUCGGAAUUUUACGAUAGUAGAAUUGCCAGUGGUGAGACCAUCGACACGACUAGAGGCAUCUGGGUCGCCAUCGGCUACAAAGAAUUUUUGGACUACCAAGCUGCUCUACAAAAAGGCGACACAAGCCCAACGCAACUCAGCAAGCUACUUGCACAGGCGAUCGAGAAGACCAAGGCAGGUACACGGCAGUACGCAAAGCGUCAGAUCAGAUGGAUCCGCAUCAAGCUCAACAAUGCUAUCGAUACGGCUGGAGCCAAAAACUUAUUCUUCAUGCUCGACGGCUCUGAUCUGCCGAACUGGGAGCAAGGUGUAUCAGAGACUGGACUCAAGUUGGUCGACAGUUUUCUCAAAGAAGAGACGCUGCCGGAUCCUCCAAGCUUGUCGCUGCUCGCAGCCGAGAUGCUGACGGCCUCGAAACCUGAUACCAGUGCUCGGGCGGAUCUUUGGAGCCGCAAACACUGUGAGGUCUGCAACACGACAUCCGUCACCGAGAGCGACUGGACUGUCCAUGUCAAUAGCAAACGACAUAAGAAGGCCAUGUCAAGCCAGAGGAAGCGCGCCUUGAAUGGCACCGCACAGGCAUUGCCCAUUCCACGUCAAGAUGUCGCCGAGGACCAACCCAAAGGUGACUGA